AUGUUUGGCCGCCAGUCACAAACUCAGUUCCCCAAGCGAAGCAGCUCAGGCUACUCGUGGCCCGAGAGCGACAGCGAAGACGAUAUCGUCAUCAGGCCCUGCGCCACGAACGAGAAGGCCGAUGCCACAGUCACCAUGACCGAGUGCGUUCCGGGCCCGACGGCGGUGGAACAGACUUCUCAGUCCAGGCCUUCUCUCAGCGGCCGCCGCGCCUCCGCCGAGGAUACCAACCUGCAAGAGCUUUGGGAAUGCAUGCUUGAGCUCCAGCAACAAUAUCACUGCUACAACUCGACGCGUAUGGAGAUUGCUGCCGAUAGGGAGGACGCCAUGGACAUGAUGCCCACCAAGUACUGCAUGGACAUGCUCAACGACUCCAUCGAGUCCCUUCCCGAAGAGGGCUGGAAGAAGCUCAGCAAGUUCCUCAUCACCGACCUGGAGCACGCCCAAAAAUCGCAAAAGUGGAAGUUCUGGAAGCACCUCUAG